AUGGUCACGGCAAAGGGCAUGCUCUUUGAGAACCUGGGCUCGGAUCCUGUGGCGGAGAUGUUGAAGAACCCCAAGAAGAAUAUCGACAUGGGCGCCUUGACGAAGGACCAUCUCAGAAACGCCCUGAAAGCCUGCCAGGAGCAUCGGCCGGAGGGUGUCAUCUUUACGACGAUGACGCACCUGUCCUGCAGCAGUGUAUGUGAGGCCCUAAAGCUGCCCUUCGUGAUCACUCACCUGGUGCCCAUGGCGCCCACCUCCGAGCAUGCUCCCCCCGUUUUCGGAACCGCUGACACGUGGUUUUCCUGGACCGCCCACCUCAAGUGGCGAGUCUUCGAGACGAUGGCCUUUCAGAUGCACAAGAAGGCGGUGCAAACCGUGCGGGCCGAAUUUGGCCUUGGGGCCAUGAGCGAGUCGCCCAUACUGGCAGCGCGGCGGAUGCAGGUGCCUCUCAUCAUGGGCUACACUUCUGCUCUUUGUCCCAGGCCAAAGGACUGGCCUGAGGCAGCAAGGAUCACCGGGCAAUGGGUGGACUCGGAACAAGAGGCGGCGUCAUCUUCGUCUCAGCUUCCUCAGGAUGUAUCCCUGUUCUUGCAAAGUGCGGAGGAAAGUGGCACUCAAGUGAUCUUUGUAACCUUUGGCUCACUUCUGGCUCAGUGCCAAGAGAUCAAGCAGUUUGAGAAGCUUAUGGAAGCCCUGAGCACUGCCAUCACUCAGGCGGGUGCACGGGCAUUGAUUGCAACAAAGGGCUGUGAGCACUUUGCCAUCCCAGGGAGCGUGCAAGCUCUGCAGCAAGCGGGCAAAGUCCUCUUGGUCCCCGGGUUUCUUCCCCACGGGGCCAUCAUGUCGAGGUGUUUGGCUGUCAUAUGCCACGGUGGCUCGGGCACCGUGCACACGGCGCUCAGAGCUGGGGCGGUGGUGGUUGUGAUCCCAGGCCGGCGCGGCGUGAUAGAUCAGACCUUCUGGGGCGCCAGGGUGCAGCGGUCGGGCGUGGGCUUCGGCCCUGUUUGCAGCGACAUGCUCAGCGUGAAGCCCCGGGCGUUGCAGAGCGUCAUGGAAGCUCUCUUGAAGAAUUCUGAGGGCAUGAAGUCUGCGGCCAAGACGAUGGCAGCUUUCAUGCAGUCGGAGGGAGGAGCAGCAGAAGCUGCAGAAAUCUCCCUGACGCACUUUGCCGCGCACCCUGCGCCCACACAAUCUUCUUGA